AUGGCGCAGGGAAAGGUCUGUGCGACGAAGGAGGAAUUUGACGCCCUCGACUUUGAGGGUCUUGCGGACUUGGUUCGUCAGCGCCUGGCAGACACGACACCAGCGGAUACCAGCUACAAGGCCCUUACUGAGGCUGUGCGGCAGGCCUUUUACCGUGACUACAGUCUCUGGGACGCAGAGUUCGAUUACAUCGAGCGCGUCGUGGCCCGGGUGCUAGCAGAGGCCUCAAGACAGAGUGAGGGCUGA